UCCGCCGCCGCCUUCGGCUUGUCUGUUUUUGUUCACCUGGAGAAAAACUCUCUUCUCUCCUCUCCCCCUCAUUUUCUCUCACCUCUGCUCCAUACCAAGAUCCAGAUCCGCUUCAUAUUCUAUCAAGACAUCGUCAUUAUAUAUCCUCUCCUCUCCAAUUAUACUCAAAAUCCAUUUUCCCUCACCCGCUAUACCGCCGCCAUGACGCAGAGCGACCAGGCUCGCCCCAUCCCCAAGAACCCUUCAGACGACUAUGCCUUUCCCGAAAUUAGAAUGAAGACUAAGAUGGACGACCCGGAGAAGACGCCAUUGCUACUGGUCGCUUGUGGUUCUUUCUCGCCCAUCACUUAUCUGCAUCUACGCAUGUUUGAGAUGGCUGCCGAUUACGUCAAGUUCAGUACCGACUUUGAAAUGAUCGGGGGAUAUUUGUCGCCUGUGUCGGAUGCUUAUCGCAAGGCUGGUCUGGCCAGUGCUGAGGAUCGUAUUGCCAUGUGCCAACUUGCCGUGGACCAGACCUCUGACUGGCUGAUGGUGGACACCUGGGAGCCUUUGCAGAAGGAAUACCAACCGACUGCCGUCGUAUUGGACCAUAUCGACUAUGAGAUUAACACCGUGCGGCAGGGUGUCGAGGCUGGCGAUGGAACUCGCAAGCCUGUUCGCGUCGCUCUCUUGGCCGGUGCCGAUCUGGUUCACACCAUGUCAACCCCUGGUGUGUGGAGUGAGAAGGAUUUGGAUCACAUUCUGGGCAAAUACGGAUCUUUCAUCGUUGAGCGCAGCGGAACCGACAUCGACGAAGCCCUAGCAUCCCUUCAACCAUGGAAAGACAACAUCUAUGUCAUCCAACAGCUCAUCCAAAACGACGUGAGCAGCACAAAGAUCCGACUGUUCCUGCGACGUGAGAUGAGUGUCCGCUACCUGAUUCCGGUCCCAGUCAUCCACUACAUUGAACAACACCAUCUCUAUGAAGACGAAGGCUCGACCGGUGUCUCCGACAAAGGCAAGGCCAAGCAAGACAUCACUGGCUCAGCGUGAUUCAUGUCUGAAGUGACCUGUCUCUUGCUCGUCGCGCUUUGCGAUAGAAUAUUCAUGACCUGUCGAAUCGCCACGGCCAUGUCCACGAAACAAAUUAUUCUUACCUAAGUCAGCCCAACAGCACGUUCGAUGGUCCUUCCAUUCGGCCUCUUAUGACUUUGUUCCGUCCCCUCAUUUGGCAGAAGCGCCGUGUUCAAUGACACUCUAGAGCGAAUAUGAUUAAUUACGAUAGAGCUGGACUUGUCGAUCAAUAAUCGUGGCUUACAACGUGAAAACUAUAAAGCAAACGACCACAAGCCCACGACCGCGACACACUG